CACUGGAGCAAGGAUGCUGUGGUGGUGUCUCCCGCUGCUGUUGACCCUGCUCCAUGAGUCAGCGAGUCAAGACCUAGCCUGCAUGGUGUCCUCAAGCGAUGUGGACUGGACCCAGACAUUCAAUGACACUUGCCUCAAUUUCAGUGGCCUUGGGCUGUCCCUGCCAAGGAGCCAGCCCCUGAGGGCCACCUACGCACAAGUCCUGGACCUGUCUAGCAACGGUCUGCAGGCCCUCCCAGGCAUCUUCUUUGCCAACCUGGAAAACCUGAAAACUCUGAUUGUCACCCACAACCCGCUGGCCAGCGUGGACCCGUUGCUGGCCCUGCGCUGCGACCUGGAGGUCCAGGCUGACUGUAGCUGUGGGCUGGCCUCCUGGCACGCCAUUCGCCAGGACAACUGCUCAGAGCAACAGCUGCUGCUGUGUCUACACCCGGCCACUGGCGCUCCACAGAACCUUUCCACCUUCCUUCAGGCCAGCUGUCCCCCGGGCUUGGCUCUGGAGGCCAUCGGUGCCCUUGUAGCAGGGACUGUCUUAUUGGUUCUGGCUGUCGGUGUAUCUCUGCUGGUCUGGAGGCUUCAUCGACGUUGGAGAACCAGUGAGGUGGGCCUCGGCAAAACCCAGAAUUCACAGGAUGCCCCUGGAUCAGUGACGGGCUUCCUGCCACGGUACAGCAGCCGGCAACCUAGCGCUAAGGUCCCGGACACACUGCCGGACAGCUCCACACUGGUCUAUGAGAAUGUCUUCAUUGGCCAGCCGGCUGAGGACUGCUCAUGGUCUGCACCCGGGAGCCCUGCCGGGGACAGCGACUGCUACAUGAAUUACACAGGUGCCGACCUGGACUCUCAGCCUGUCUACUGCAACCUGGAGUCCCUGGGGAGGGCCCCACGGGACGACGAGGACUGUAUGGACCUGGGUCACUGA